UGAUGAUGAUACAUGGUGCACAACUUGUGGCAUAUGGCAGAAGCCAAUCGCUAAGUGCCCAGUCCGCCAGCUAGACACCCAGUCUAACGUUGCGUUAGUCAUACGGUAAACUAUGUCAGCACACGACUAGUAACUACUGAUUUCAAAGUCAAAGCGCCGCCGCACCAGCCCCAAACGUAUGUGUCUGUGAUACCCUCUAACGCCUCCCUUCGCUUGAGUGUGUGGCAUUGGUAGUGGCAUAUCAGCACACUGUUGCGCCACAUUUGCACACCAUUUCGCCAAGUUGCUCGCAUAUUCAUUAGUGCUUUUACAGGCUCCGUUGAUUAUAGACGCGUCGAAGCGGCGGCAACAAGUACACAUUGUUUGUGAAGCAAUGUUUUAGUAACAUUCAAUAUUUAACGACAAUUUGUGGCCAGCAGCAAACAAAUUAAAUGUGAAAACACUUAAUGUGCCAAUUAAACGGUGAAAUUAUCGAUAAAAAAAAAAUAAUAAAUUACAGAAGUUAAAAAAAUGUCUGAUUGUUUGCUCUAUGUUCACUGGCACUGGCCAGGAGGCAGUCAAUUCACCAGAGCUUUAGUAGCGCAAAGCAAACGCAGUGGGUUUAUAGCGCGCCAAAAUCGUGCGAAAUUUUAAAAACUGUCUGCUCGGCGGUGCGAGUGAACGCUCUUGUGUACAUGUGUGAGUGUUGACUGGCUGAUAAAAACUCAAUCACCCAACAAUUUUAAGACUUCUGACCAUUCGCUAACUAGUGAAAAGAAAACGCUAUAUAAUCUAAGCAGCUAAAACCCAAAUAAAAGCUCCUUCGCGAUCUCGCUUUAUCAUUCGGCUGCACCAUUAACGGCUCACAACCGCCGCCGUCACCGCCGCCGACGCCACCACCAACGGCGGCCAAAGCGCAACCCAUCAAAAUGCAGCGUCGCAUGUCGAUAACGAUACGCGAGUACAAAUUUUUUCGUAGUUUUUCACAGAAAUUCGAAAACUGGCCCAAACGCAAGGCGGAGGCAUUAUGGCGCAAAAUGCGCGAACGCAAAAUCGCAGAGAUCGAGGCCGUUGAAGCGUGUAAAUGGCUGCGUGCUGCCGGCUUCCCGCAAUAUGCGCAAAUGUAUGAAGAUCAUCAGUUCCCCCUCGACCUGACUAACGUGGCCAAGGAUCACACCAAUCUAGAAAAUGAUCAACUGCAAUCACUCUACCGACGUCUCUGUAUUUUGAAUCGCUGUGCCAACAUGCGCCUCGACCAAGCACACAAGGCGCAAACGCCGCAGGUUUGUCAACUUUCCCUCUCUAAAUUACCCCUUAAAGUACAACAAAUCAUCAACUCAAUCACGUACGAUUCAUCCCAGCAGAAGGAGGACUCCGAUGAUGAGAAUUGUGCGCUUAGCGAGAAUUGGACAUUCCAGCCGCAUAUACGUCGUUGGUCGCGCAUCGGCGAAAUGGGUCUUGAACUGCCGCCCGCCGGUAAGUUAAAUAUCGAGAAGACAGAAAGUUCAUCCAAAGAGUCCAGUCCGGAUCGUUUUGAAGAUGACAGUUACGACAUGGCUGGCGGUGGUGGCCUUUCGCUUACCCUACCUGGUAAUUCCACAGACUCCAUCCUCAAUGAAUCGACCGAUUCAGCAGCGGUACGUUUGCGACGCACUGGUAGUGAACGUUUUAAGGAUGGUGCCAAAGCAUUCCUGCGACGCGUAGAGUCGAUAAAAUCUCGGCGACGAAAGCGUCAAAACCGCGAGGGUAUUGUUAUCAGUGGUCCACAAGCAUUGGAUUUGUCACAACUUGGCCAGCGCGGUAGCAUACGUAAACCGGAUGCUGUAUAUUCCACACCACCUUCACCAUCAGCGGUCAGCCCUAUGCACACAUUCCCGAAGGGCCCGAUGUUUGGAAAUGAACUGAAAGUACCAUCACAAAGUGAAACUUUUCUCAGUCCGAAUCGAGCGAGUCCCAAGCGUACACCAACCACACCACGCUCGAUGCGUGCCAGCCCACUACAUUUUUUUUCCAAUCCAAUGCCACAUUUGAAGGAGGGCAAGUCAGAUGAUUCUUCUUCAUACUACAGCGAUAGCCAAGAAUCGUCCGCAGGUGGUAAAUUAUCACUGCGUAAGACUCCAUCAAAAACGCGCAGAUUUUUGCAACGCACCGGAAAGGUAGAUGAUAUAGGGGCACAUUCAGACUCCGAAUGUCAUCACGGUAGAAAAUUACUAAUAAAGGACGCCAAUUCGAACAACACUGAGAUAAAAGUCAGGAAACUGACACGCGGUGGCUCACUCAAUUUAGGUAAGGAUCCUAAGAAACGAGAGGGUUUCCGGUCAGCGAGCUUCCGCUCGCGUUCCACCUCACGUAAAGAAACCAAGCCUGAGGAAGCCGAAAAUAUCAAACGUACCCCGGUUGUGCGAUGGCAUAGUUUUCAGAUGGAUGAGCGUCCACACAUGAUCUUCCGGAAAUGUUUCUCGCAAAAGAUUGAUCCUAAUAUGAACAAUCAUGGUAUUCCAUUUGCGGCUAUGUCGGCAGGCCAACUUCACAUUCUACGCAAGCUUGCAUUGGUCAUACUUACCGGUUAUAUGGAGCGCUAUUGUCCAACACAUCGCUCCGGUUGGAAUUGGGAGCUGCCCAAGUUUAUUAAGAAAAUCAAAAUGCCCGACUACAAAGACAAGAAAGUAUUCGGAGUACCAUUGUUGCUGGUAUUACAACGCACCGGGCAGACGUUGCCGAUUGCGAUACGAGCAGCCUUCCGUUGGCUACAGGUGCGUGCUCUCGAUCAGAUCGGACUGUUCCGCAAAAGUGGUGUCAAGUCCCGCAUUAUCAAGCUAAAGUCAGAGGUGGAACAACUCGAUUCCACGGCGCUUUGCAUGGAAGUGUAUGACACGCAACAAUCUUACGAUGUAGCCGAUAUGUUGAAACAGUAUUUCCGCGAUCUCCCCGAAUCGUUGCUCACCACCAAGAUGUCCGAAACAUUUGCAGCGAUUUUCCAACAUCUCCCUAAGGACGUGCGUUUAGAAGCAGUACAGUGCGCGGUACUUCUACUACCGGACGAAAAUCGCGAAAUACUCUACGCAUUGCUAGAGUUCUUGAUGCUAGUGGCAGCCAAUGCGGAGCAAAAUCAGAUGACAGCAAAUAAUUUGGCGGUUUGCCUGGCGCCAUCCCUCUUUCAUAGUACUAUUUCGACUGGUGUAGCCUCGGUUUCAGCUUCACCCAGGAGGCGCAAGGGUGCCGGUGUGCCAGACGAUAAGGAACUACAAGAGGCUAAAGCAUCACACGAAUGCCUGUCCUUUAUGAUUGAAAACUACAAACAAAUCUUCACGGCGAGCAAAGAAAAGAUAAGCAAAUGCAAUUUCGGCUACAUGGAAGAGUCGAAACCAGUACCUUUGGAAGCACUGGGCGAGGGCAUGCAGUUCCAUAAUUGGCGGGGAUAUCUGUAUGAAUGCACCAAGGCGACCAUCAAGGAGGGUAGAGAGAAAACUCGUGGCUGGUUCACGAUCUCUUCACAAAAUGACAGCAACGUGGACAUUGCCUACAAGAAAGUUGGCGACGGCCACCCUUUGCGUUUGUGGCGCUGUACCACUGAAGUCGAAGGCCCUCCUAAAGAGGUCUUAGACUAUAUCAUCAAGCAGCGCGCCUCGUGGGACUCGAACUUGCUGGAGAGUCAAACUGUUAAGAAAUUGGACGCCACAACGGAAAUAUUCCAAUAUGCUAUAGACGGGCAGUUCACCACCGAUUUCUGUGUGCUACGUUCAUGGCAAACAACUGAUCUGCCCCGCGGUGCAUGUGUUAUUGUAGAAACCUCCAUCGAUCAUGCAAAGGCAAAACCGAUGUUCGGCGCCAUUAGGGGUGUUGUGUUGGCUUCACGCUAUUUGAUAGAGCCCUGCGGCAGUGGGCGUUCACGCGUUAUGCAUUUGACGCGGGUGGAUGUCAAGGGCCGGACACCCGAGUGGUACAAUAAAAGUUACGGACACAUUUGCUCGCUUUACUUAUCAAAAGUCCGCUUGGCUUUUAAACAUGUCGCUGACUGCCCUGAAAGCAAGGUGUAAUUUGAGAUAUAUCGAAUAUCGAGUAAUUAACUUAGGAAACCCAAAUAUAAACCACAAAUAAACAAAAUAAGAUAAACAAACUAAAGACAUCAAAUAACUGAAAGAAUCAAGAGAACUGCUUUUAAAAAAAUUAUCUUGCAUUAAAUGUCGCAAAUCCUAAAGGCAUUUACUUUUUACUUAAAGUAAAAAUAUUAAAAAAAAAAAAAUAUGUAAAAACUAAAGCAGAAACAAUGCAAUAAGUGUUCGAAAGUGCCCAAACUGAAGUUACAAAAUAUUUUUUAAAUGUUAAAAUAAUUACAAACAUAUUACAUAAGCCUAAUGACUCAUUUAAAUGAUAUUCCUUAAAUAAAACAACAGCAAGGCGUUCAGAAAGUAGCGCACUAUAAACUGAUACCCAAAAAGAAUUACAUAUCCACCACUGCGGCGAAUCCACUGCAGAAAACCACAAAUAUUUUGCUGAGAACAAGCGAGGCGCGAGUAUUUUCGGUCACUACAAUUAACGGAAGUGGAAUUGUGUUAAAAAAUAGGCAUUUAUCAUGGAGCGCUCAAAUUCCUUCAUUACCUUUAACAAAGUACUGACUGAUACGCCUACGAAAAAUGAGGAUAUCAAAGGCAUUCUCAAUUGUACUUGUAUAUAUUUUAAAAAUUAAGGAAAAUGUUUAUAUUUUUCCAAAUUGACAGUAUACAAUAUUUUCGUUGACUUAAAAAUAACGGAAGUAAAAUAUAAAUCUAUAUGUAAAACCACAUUGUAAAUAGUAAACAAUUAGUUUAAGAGCCCUACGGCAUUUUUUAGAAUUUAAGAUGGAUACUUUAUUUGUAACAAGCAGUAAGCAGAAAUGUAUGUUAGCCCUCUAACACAAGAUAAUACUCAAAACCUAAGCAUCACAAAAGUUUAUUUUUUACCGAAAAUACAUUUGUCUUUAAUAAUAUAAUAUUAAAGAAACUAACUAAAAUUAUACACAAAGUUUCAAUUAUAUUUUCGAACUUCGUGCACUUAAAUAUACAUACACACGCUAAAACUAACAAUAAUGUAAAAACCUAUGCUAACGUAUUAACGUAGUUACGUACAUACAUACUUGUAGAUGUGAUGUAUAUUUGUACGUAAACAUGAAAAUUCCAAGGAAACCCGAAAAGAUGCAGAUGAAACAGAGAAAGUAAGAAAUAGAAACCAUAGAAAUUAGCGACAACUAAAUCAUUUGAAACAUGAAUGAAAAUAGCGACACUUUCGAUCGGAGACUAUUACUGGCAAUGGAAGAGAGAAAAUUAUCAACUAAAUGGAAAAAUAAUUUAUGUGGAAAAUAAUUCAACUAGUCAAAUUGUUAAAUUUAAGCUUAACCACUCACUGUGUAUGGAACCAGAUGGACAAUGCGUUGCCGCAUUGAAGAAAGAGAGAGAGAGAGAGAGUACAAGCGAAUGACUGCGGUGCAAAGUAUAAGAAAUGGUAUUAAAUUAAUUGUUAUACCCAGCAAAUAUUUGUAAAUUACUAACCUUAAUGUUUAAGUGCCCUUGUACCAACUCGAUGUCUAUAUGUAUAUGUGCAUAUAUAUUUACUCAAGUAAGUAUGAGUAGUUAAUGCACGAGAUUAUUGAGUAGACGAAAGAGUUAUUCGUAUGAGUACCAGUUCAGGAAUAUAAAAUUUGAUAUUUUUUAGCAAUUAUACUUAUGCAGAAUACAUGUAAAAAACUGUGUUUACUCAAAUAUCGUGUUUGCUGCUCUCAAAGAAAUAAAUAAACAUAUACAGCAUAAA